AUAUUCAACAAUUAGGUUUUGUGGGUUUGAUACAAGCGUUGUAUAUAUUUUACAAAAAUUUAAACCAAUGCUCUACAAAUUCUCUACAGCCAAUCGUAUCUUUCCAGAAGUUUCCAGGUGCUCAACAGACAAGUUUCCUACCACAAAAAAUAAUGGAAAAAAUACGAAUAUAAAAUGUUAAGACGUCAUAAUAUAUUUAUAGCACCUUGAACUAAUUUAAUGUUGUAGUGAAUUUAAUAUAUUAUUUUAUUAUGUUUUAGGAACACGUCAAUACGUGAGUCGAAUGCAUUGUUGAAUCAACAAAAUUACGGCGUAAAGUAUAAACGUGCCGUAUUAAAAAUGACUAAUGAAAAAGAAAUUGAUGGCCAAUCCACGACUCCAGUCGUAUUGGUUUAUUAUUAUUAUAGUGAACAUUUAGUACGGAUCAUUGUUUAAAGUGAUAAAUUUAUAUUCAUUGUAUCCAAAUGGCUAGUUAUGAAUGAUCCGAAAAAAGAACAUCUUCCACUGCUCUGCGAUGAUUUUUCUGAAGACGAAUAUCAGAUUCACGCCAGCAACCAAAUAUAUAAGCGACGAGCAAUAUCUUCCAGCAACGGAAGAGCGAAAUACCACGUCAAAGGCGCAGCAGAGAUUAUCAAGCGUUGGCCAGAUCAUAUAUCAUCACUUCUUACAUAUUGGUGGAUGGGACUAGCAAUGAUUGCACUGACAGUUUUUAUAAUUUAUAACAGCGUUCUGGCACUCGCUAAAAUGCCUCCUCAAUCAAGACUGAUUAAAAUGCAACCACCUUUAAAAUUAGAUAGUAAGGCUAUUGAGUACUCCGCUUCUUAUAAGACUAUUUACAUGCAUGUUAUUAAUGAUAAUCUUACUAUGGAUCUAAAUGACUACAUGCCAUAUAUUGAAAUCGUAGCGAAAAACUAUCCUACAUUUAAAUACAAUUUUGUUAUACUCUUCAAUGAUACUUUAGACAACGUAGACGACAAUGUGAACGAUAUUCAGAAAAAUGAAAUUGCAAUGAGAUCGCUUCUGAAGACUAAAGAUUAUAAAAUAGCAACUCGUGACAAUAUUUUCAUACAACGAAAAUCUCUGACGUCAUUUCUGAAUGGGUCACCGAUAAAAAAGUAUUGGAGACAUUUACCACAGAAGUUCAUGAGUUUCCUGAUAAGAUGCAUAUCAAUAUGGAAUAAAGGUGGAAUAUCUAUCAACCCAUUGUUAUUUACCCCUAAAUCACCACAUCCCGAUUAUAUGGAUGAAAUUAAAAACAUACUGAAAAACAUUGAAAACUCAAAAACAGUUAAAAAGGAAUUUUAUAAGGAACUGACACCAACAGUGAAAAUUAAGAAAAGAGUUAAUAACAUUCGUGAUAUUAUUAACGAGUUAGAAAAUAAUAAUUCAGCAUUUGACGAAUCUAACGAUAAGCUUAUAAGUUUAGCAGAAGAAGAAACUAAAAAUGUUCCCUCUAAAGUAACCAAAAAUGCGUCUCAGAUUGAAUCUUUAACUAAUGUAAUAGAAACUAAUAGUGGUUCAUUAAAAAAUGUCAGAAAGAAACAUAUUUUACAUAAACAAUUAACAGGUAAAAAAGAUUUCACCGAUUCUGUAAAACUAAAUGCUCCAAAUUUUAAUGAUACAUCAAAUAAUAUUUACGAAAAAAGGGAUAAAAUUUCUAAUAGGAAUGAGACAACAGAUAAAAAGCUUUUCCCUAUGUUUUUAAAAUAUUUAUUUUCACCCUCUACAAAUGCCUAUAAUUCUGCGAGUAACGAUCCUCUAAGUGAAAAUAUUAUGGCAAAGGUUAGUGACGAAAGUUUGCCACAUAAAAACGACGAAUAUGUUCUCAGUAAUUAUGCCCUUCCUUUGAAACCUGUGUCUCGGGAAAUGAAUAAUUUAGUAUCGUCAGAUACAGAUCAGUUUCUGGAUUUGAACUUAGACUUAAAGGGAAAUAUAGUUGCUACAAAAACCCCUUGUCAUGCCUUUCUAGGAACAAUAUUUAAUAAUGCCAUACACCACGUAAAAGAUGAAACAGUCACCGAUUUUAUCAUUGCCGAAUUGUCUAUCUUUUGUAAAGGAACCUGGACAUCUUGUAAAGGCGUCAAUGUUAUAUUCUUAUAGUUGU